AUGAAAGAGGGAUGCCACAAUCGAUGUGGCAAGUAUGUUCAAGGACAUGGAGAUGAAGGUGCCACUCUUGACGGCGUUAAAGAUGCCCCGAUCAGCAAAUUUAUUAAAGACUACCUGGCAGGGAAGGUCAAUGAAGAAGGUAGAAUGAUUGCAGAUGAGAAUAUCUCUGCCGUGAUCCAGCGAAGUGAUCUUCCUUCAAAAAAGACCGACCCAGGGAUGUUCACUCUCCCGAUUUCAAUCAGAAAUAUUCAAGUAGAGCACGCGAUGUGUGAUCUCGGGGCAUCCAUCAAUGUGCUGCCAUAUACUAUCUAUGAGAAGCUGGGAGCGGCUAAGCUCAUUGACACUGACAUAAUGAUCCAGUUGGCCGACAGAUCGUGUAUUCACCCUGAAUGA